AUGAAUGGCCCCCCGUAUUCUGGCCCACCGAUCAACCAGCCAUAUGGAUAUCCCGGCCAACCCCAAAUCCCCUACACAGCACCAAUGACAAUGCCACCUUCCAGUUCUGGUAUACCGUAUCAAAUGGCACCACCUGAAGCGUCGGCCAAUGUACUCAAGUCUGUGGAGGGCCAACGCGUCACCUAUUCGAUCCCUAUCAAUCCUCAACCGACAAAGGGAUACGCUGGAUUUGGGUCAUUCCAAGGGACAACAGCAAACCCGGCACCUCCCACCUGUCAAAUUACGGAAGACGUCGAUGAUGAUGAUGAAGAUGAUGAGGAGGAGGAAGAAGACGAACAAGAAAGAGACGAGAACGGGCAAAUUAUCGAUCCAAAGACGUUAGCCGCCUUGAAAGUGCAGCGACUACUGGCGAUGUACGACAACCAAGAGGAAGUGACUGAAACCCCCGAAGAGCCUGUGCCUCAACCGCCGGUGACACCAUCCCCACCAGCGCCAACAACCCCCGUGAUCGUGCCGCGCGUCACGCUGAAGUAUCUCGAUGUCAACGAGCAGCCGUUGUUCAAGCCGGCCGUCGUCACGCCGAUUGACGAGGAUUUUGAGCAGAAGCUUAUGGUUCAACCGUUCCUGACGGGUUAUGGGCGAGUGCUGCGGCCUGGCGCAUUCAUCCCUUAUGACAUGCGGAGCACGGGUGCGAUUCCGGCCAUUCCCCAGGCGGUGCUCGACAAGAUGGCCGAGAUUGUCGGCGAAGAUGGCCGCGUCCUCAAGCCGCAUCCUUCACAGCGAAAGCGACCUAUUGGCGAUGAUUCUCCAGAUUCGCCAGAACCUCCUCUCAGCAAUCGACCUGGCCUCCUUGCGCACCCUGAUGGGCGGGGUCCAACCAUUUCACAGGCUCCGGGCCCUCCUCAAUUAACCCGUGCGCACCGUGGCCCUUUGAUAAACGGGCCUGUCCACGAUGCAGAAGCGAUUCCCCGGAACCCACCGCCACGCCGAAGUUCUCCACCCAACAAGCGUCGCCCACCUCCACCGGCCGGGCGUGGCUUCUCACCCCCUCCGGCUCGGGGUUUCCCGCCGCCACGCGGACAACGCGGAGGCUUCAUGCGGGGACGUGGACCGCCGCCAGGGCCAGGCGCACGCCGAUUUCCUCCUACCUAUCGGCAACCGGACGGCCCACCGCCUAGAUUCACGCCGAUGCCUCAGUCGUCGUCUGGACCAAAUUUCCCGCCACCGAGGAUGAAUCCACCUAGACAAGGACCGCCUCCUCGAGACUCGUGGAAUCGUAGUGAUACGGGAUGGAAUGGAGAGGACUGUGGCUAUGGAUCAGGUCCGCAUCCUGCAGAUCACCGUAUGAAGCCGCAGCACCAAUACCAGGAGGACACGUGGCGGUCAAGUCAGAACAGUAGUACUGAAGAAGAGUGGUAUCGGCCUCCUCCACAUCAAAGCUCGCAUAGUGAAUGCCCAGAGCCGAGGCAUCAUCCGGGGAGACCGAUCAAGCAGGAGCCCGUUGAUGAGCAACCCUACUACCAACACGGCAACAAUCAAGCUCACGGCGCACCGCGGCAGGAAGAUGACUGGGACAGCACACAAGACGCUAUUGCCGCACUGUUAGGCGGUGGCGGCCGCUUUCCC